ACGCCGUUUCCAUGGCAACCACGCCGCUGACGCGCAGUUUUGACGCGCGGCAGCCCUAGUGGGAACCGGCCUUUAAGCCGAGCCGGGCAGCGCUACGUGCAGAGAGGCCAGUGCGUGUGCACACGGGCAGGCGAGGAGUCGCCGGGCGGAGUCUCUGCCGCUGCAUGGCCGAUGCCGACGACGGGGGCGGCGACGCCGGCCGACGCCGUCACCGGCGGCGCCGCUACGUCGUCUACGCCGCGUCCGUCGGCAGCAUGUCUGUGGUGACGGCGAUGCUGAUGGUGGCCGUGGUGCUGUCGGCGACCCGCGGCGAGGUGUCUCUGGGCGGCAUGCUCUACCCCAGGGAGUCCGAGUCCCGCGAGGUGCGCUCGCUCGACGGCGUCUGGGACUUCCGGCUCUCCGACAACCUGCAGGGCUACUGGGAGCGCUGGUACGAGCACGACCUGCGCUCCACAGGAGAAGUGAUGAUGAUGCCGGUACCGGCCAGCUACAACGACGUGACGCAGCUGAAGGAGGUGCGCGACCACGUGGGGCUGGUCUGGUACGACCGGCGCUUCUUCGUGCCGCGCUCCUGGCAGUCGCCCAACAUCCGCGUGUGGCUGCGCUUCGGCAGCGUACACUACGUCGCCCAAGUGUGGGUAAACGGCGAGCUGGCGAUGGCGCACGAGAUCGGCCACCUGCCGUUCCAGGCGUCGGUGACGGGGCUGCUCAAGUUCGGCGCCAGCAACCGGCUGACCGUCGCCGUGGACAACACGCUGCUGCAGACCAGCGUGCCGCAGGGCUCGCUCCACCACGUCGACACCGCAAACGGCACGCGGGAGUACCAGUCGUACUCGUUCGACUUCUUCAACUACGCGGGCAUCCAUCGGCCCGUCCUCCUUUACACGACGCCCUCCGUCUUCAUAGACGAUCUCAACGUCGCCACUGACUACUCGCUCGACGGGACCGGCACGGUACGGUACAACGUGACGUACGCGGGCUACUCCAUGGAGGCGCCGCAGUGCCGCGUUGACCUUCUGGACGCGGACGGUGUGGUGGUGGGUUCCAGCGACUCCAGCAUCGGCCUGCAGGGCGAGAUCCGCGUGCCCGACGCGCACGCCUGGUGGCCCUACCUCAUGCACCCGCGGCCGGGAUACCUCUACACCUUGCAGGUGCGGCUGACGUCAUCGGAAUGGGGUACGGAGGACGUGUACCGGCUGCCCGUCGGUAUCCGCCGACUCGCCUGGGACAACUCGUCGCUGCUCAUCAACGACCGACCCGUCUACUUGCGUGGCUUUGGCCGACACGAGGACGCUGACAUCCGCGGCAAGGGGCUGGAUCUGGCCACCGUCGCGAAGGACCACAACCUGCUGCGCUGGGUGGGUGCCAACUCGUACCGCACCUCCCACUACCCAUACGCCGACGAGGUCAUGGACUUCGCCGACCAGCAGGGCUUCCUCAUCAUCGACGAAUGUCCCAGCGUCAACACAGAGAACUACUCGCCGGCGCUGCUGCAGAAACACAAGGACUCGCUGACGGAGCUGAUUCGGCGCGACAAGAACCGGCCUAGCGUCAUCAUGUGGUCCGUCGCCAACGAGGCGCGCACACAGCUGUUCGCCGCCGAGUCCUACUUCAGGGAGAUCGUGCAGCACGUGAAGAGCCUGGACCCCUCGCGGCCGACCACCAUGGCCAUCGCCAGGGGAUUCAGCGAGGACAGGGCUGCACCGUUCAUCGACAUCAUCGCGUUCAACCGUUACAACGCGUGGUACAGCAACGGCGGCCUCACGGAGACCAUCGUGCCGCGCGUCGUGGCCGAAGCGGAGGGCUGGUACGCCAGGUUCGGCAAACCCGUCUUCGUCACCGAGUACGGCGCCGACACGCUCGAGGGCCUGCACCUGGAACCUGAAUACAUAUGGUCUGAAGAAUACCAAGAAGUGCUGUUCUCGGAACACUUCAAAGCAUUCGACAUCCUCAGAGAAAAGGGUUAUUUCAUCGGAGAAAUGAUUUGGAAUUUUGCAGAUUUCAAAACUGCACAAACGUACACGAGGGUCGGCGGUAACAAGAAGGGUAUCUUCACUCGGGCGCGCCAGCCCAAGUCGGCAGCACACCUGGUGCGGAAACGUUACUGGUCGCUGGCAGAGCGCCUCGACGGCGCACAGCCACCCGCGGACACCCGCCGCUACGUCAUCGACGCUCCCCCGAAAGACUCUGCCAAUACAGUGCGCCGCGAGCUGUGAGCCACAGACAGCCGACAGCCGUCCCUUGUUCCGUCCAGAAGCAAUACGGACAACUCUGCAAACACUCCGUCCGCCAGGUGGUGAGACCGGACCAGUGUCCUCGAUUAACUGGCAGCUAUGUAUCACAUGCUGCAGACUGUUGCCUUGCUGUGGAAACCUGUACUUUCAAGUGAUAUUAACUUUCAGAAGCCAGUAUCUGUUGUUCCUUCACGGACAAACAAUGCUGUGGACUUCGUCAUGAUAGUUCUAUAGAAAGAAUUGUGACUUUUUUAAAAAUUACAAACCACUCUAGUCGACACUCAUUCCCAGGAAGGAUUGACAAUCAAAAUCCCAUCGACUUCCCACUGUCAGGGGUAGAAGAAGAAGAAGAAGAAGAUGAAGAAGUAAUUGCUUCAUAGAUUUUCAUAUGUGGCCUGAGUUCAUUGACAGUAGCAGUCAUCUUUUUUUAAACUUUUUUUACUGCUGCAUCAUUCAUAAGCCAUAUAGUUCCCUGCUGCAACUAUUUCACAUUUACAGUUCUAACAGGGAAGCAACUCAGCUGAUUGCUUGUCAGAAUGUUCCCUGACUCUGAAAAUAUUGUUGGGCUAUAUGGAACGUUAAUGUAGAUUUAACCACAGUGGGAAAAUCAUCGAUAUUUUUGUUAUGUGUCACAGAAAUGAGACAUGGAUAACUUGUAUGUUACCAUAAUUACAGAAUUUGUUUUCAUUUUUUUACUAUCACGUCACUGUAUAAGGAUGCCCAGUUAGGCCCAAAGAAUAGAGAUAUUCACCUGUUAGGUGAAGCUCUUUAGCAUCUAGUUGGCAAUUGAUGAAGAUAUUGUACCAAAAGUGUGUAAGCUAGGAAAAGAAAUACUUCUGAAUAUUCGAGCAGAGCUGGAAUACAUGAUCGAAAUCUGUGGACUGUGAUGUAUGGGAGUUUUGCACAUAUGUUGGAAGACAGCAUCAGUAUCUGACCAUCAACAAGAAGAUAUGCUUAUACGAGGUGCGACAAUAAAGUAAUGAGACUGAUGUGAAAAAAAGUUGCUUACGCUUUUAGUAAUUUUAGUGUUGUCUCCUUCAAAGUAAUUUCCUUCUGAUUGCACACACUUUUUCCAGCGCUUCCGCCAUUGAUGGUAACAUUUCUCGAACUCAUCUUCUGUAAUAUCCUCAAAGACCCUUGUCACAGCUUUUUGGACAUCUUGUGUUGUUUGAAAAUGGUGCGCCUUGACCGCCGUUUUGACUCUUCGAAACAGGAAAAAGUCGCACGGAGUGAUAUCUAGUGAAUAAGGUGGCUGUGGCAGUACUGCAACUUGUUUUGAGGUUAAAAAUUGCUGUACUGGCGGAGCAGUACAGCAGUUAUUGUGAUACAGAAUCCAAUUACCAGCAAUGUUGGCACGGACAUGAAGAACUCUUUUACGAAGUCUUUCUAAAAUUUCUUUGUAGUAAUAUUGGUUAACUGUUUAUCCAGGAGGCACUCACGCUGUAUAAACAAUUCCCUUGGAAUCAAAGCAGCACACAAACAUGCAUUUCACUUUCGACUUUGACAUGCGAGCUUUUUUGGUCUGGGUGAUCCCUUUGAGCACCACUGCGAACUUUGGCGUUUUGUCUCUGGAUCACACUGAAAAAACCAACUUUCCUCACCAGUGAUAACAUGGCUCAACAAUUCUGGAUUGAUUUCUGUUUGCUCUAACAGAUCAGCUGCCACAUUUGUCAGUGUUUCUCACUGUCGUGGUGUGAGAUGUUUGGGGAGCAUUUUUGCACAAAUCUUUCUCAUACCAAGAUCUUCAGUUAUUAUUAGACGAACCGUCUUACGAUUGAUGUCCAGUUCUUCUGCAAUCAUUUUCACGGAUAAUCUUAGAUCAGAUCGUACGAGUUCAUGCGCCCUGGCCAAGUUGACAUCCGACCAUGAGGUUAAUGGUCGUCCACUGAAGUCUUAAUCUUCAACAUUCGUUCUGCCUUCACUAAACAUUUUAUGCCGAAGAAAAACUAGAGCUCUUGACAUAACCUCCUCUCCAAAAGCCUUCUGAAGCUUACCGUAAGUUUUCAUCACGUUUUCACCCAAUUUAACGCAAAAAUAAAUGGCAUGCAAUUGCGCAAUAUUAUGCAGUUCCAUUUCUGUGACGAGAGACACAACCACGACUGAGCAGUUGCAUCAAUGUGCCUCUUGGACUAGACGCAGCUUAUAGACCAAGGUCAAAGAUAUUGUGCCUACGCAAGCCUGCAGAGUUGCCACAUCUUGCAAAGAAAAUCAGGCUCAUUACUUUAUUGUCGCACCUCGUAUGACAGUAAGGUGAGGUGUCACCUCUCUGCCUGCAAUAUCUAAUGGACAUGAGUGAGUGUGUUACUGUAACAUGCAAAAACUUCACAGCAGCAUUCAGAAGUAAGAUACUUCAUACAUAAGAUACUUCAUACUUAAAGGUGAUCCAUAUUGGAAAAUGCACAGCAUGGGGCAAAUAAAAAUGGCCCAGAGAACGGAGUUCCAGGGUACAAAGAGACACAUCAGAGGAAAGGAAAUAUAGAACUAACCUGACUAUAGCAGAUGUUGAAAAUGCCUUCCACUCAUCUGUUGGCACUUUUGGGCCCUGGUUAGCAAGCUGCUGAAGACAUAUAACCACUCAGGUGACACCAGGCUUCAUCAGACAUAAAGAACAUAUCCCUGUCCAACCCAUUCAUUGUUAUCUCACAGAACAGCCACUCAGAAACUGGGGGCACUGAGGGGCAUCUGCCAGUUUUAAUGCAUGAACAGACAGACACUCAGUAGGAAUGCAUGUGCAGGUCCAGGUGGAGUAUUCGUCGAUAUGAUUGACAUGAUUUGCCGGUCUCUUGUGAUAGGCUCCAGGUUGAUGUGGUAGGACUCUGAAGCAUUUUCUGGUGAACUGCAGCCACAUUUACUGGUGUGUGGGCACAUUUCAGAAUGUUUUUUGCUUGCAUUUUGACGCAAUUAAACUUCUCAGCAAACAACUGACCACAACACUCCCAUGACUUUGUUGUCACACAACUUUCUACAACAAAAACCUGGUGCUCCACUGAGAGUACCAUCAGCCCCUAUACUCUCCUCCACUCGCACUGACACAGCCUACACUAUGUUCAGAAUCUGUGUGGAUCACAUGGCAGGAAUAGACGUGGUAUGUAUGUCAUGAGGUGUGGUUAUAUGCAAACAUUCAUGACCAAUCGUAUCCUUUCAUCCAGGCCACUUUUAUUUGGUCACCAUGUAUAUCGGAAUUCAAAUCUUUGUCGCUACUACUGCCAUUAGGGGCAACUUGUUGACCAUCCAUUGAGUUCAUUCUUAUUUUUAUAAAUGAAGUAUGAAGAAAUCUAGAGCUCUCCUUUGGAGAGGGAAUCUUUCAUGGAUGAUGUAUAAGAGACGAAGUGCCCUCUGGAAGAGAUGUCAUACUAGUCCAACAGUUGCUUUGAAAGAUGACCAUUGAUGACUAGAGUACUUUAUCCCUGCCUGGGAUGGCUUGACACUGAUAAUACACUGCUCUAGUUAAACAUACAUAUCAAAACAUAUUGAAAAAUACAAACUUCCAUUGGCAGUGGUUUUUUAUUUUUUCAUUUUUUAUUCCAACUGCAACAUAAAAUUUGUUCAACAUGUACUUCCCUUGUCUUGUGUGUGUGUGUGUGUGUGUGUGUGUGUGUGUGUGUGUGUGUGGGUGGGUGUGGAUGUGUGAGGAUGGAAGGAAGGAAAGAAAGAGAGAGAGAGAAAGAGAGAUAGAGAUGGGAGAGAGAUUGAGAGAGAGAGAGAGAGAAAUCUUCUUGGUUUACCACUUACUGCUAAUGUCAAGGGAGCAGCAGCACCAUGAGCCACAUUAACUAUACGAUCCACUCAUAUGUAAAAUUCUUCUUCCAUGAGUCUGCUAACGUUAUUAUUUUUGAGACUUCAUUCUUGUACCAGCACCUAAAGCUGAUGCACAUUUUUAAGCAUCAGUGACUCGUGGUUGGCUGCCAGAAAGUUGGUAAUCGAAAAACUUGCAAAGUAAGAGAAGUUUUGUGUUUAUACUGACAUUUUGGAAGUAAGUUAUAGAGGAAGACAUUAGAGUUAUUUUAAGAAACUGACCUUAAGAAAACUCUAAGUGCCAAUUAUUUAUAAAUAAUAUACAUUUGUACUACAGUAAUAGCAUUUAAUUAAAUUAUUGGUAACUGCCCAA